CGACAAUAAAUUUAUAACAACGACGAGCUUUUCGUUCAUCACUUCGUUGUCCUUGUUCUACAUUCACCAGAAAAAUGCCAUCUUCUUCGUCCUUCUUUUCGGCUGAAGUCAGCCGAGUUCCCGAUGAGCGCAACGAUCAUGAUCAGCGUAUUGCGAACAACGAUGAAUACGAGAUGAGCUCGAGGACGAAGAAAUCCAAAAAAGCCAGCAAACAAAGACAACAAGACCGCAACUACAUACAACCCAUACGUUCCUCCAGCUAUAGAAAUGAUCAGCAUGAUGAGGAAAUUGGACGAAGAUGGAGCACAAUUCCGCUUGUUGGCGAGGUUGUGCCACUUAGCGUUUCUGGAGGUACAGCAAGGUUUUAUAGAGUGCGGAAUACGCUAGAAGCCAACUCCAACUCUUGCAAUUAUUUUCCGGAGGAGGGCAUCAAUCCCAACGCCAACCUCUCUAGAACAAGCUGGAUUUUGAAGGACUUACAACAUGCUCGAGAAGAGGCUGCCUUUUACGAACGGCUAAGACAUCGGAUAUCAGGUAUAUUGUCUACAACUUCACAGGGUCGUGAAGGCCAUCAAAUACGAGUUGUUGUAGUGUCAGAAGUUCUUGAAGGAGGUCGGAGGUCUCGUCGUCGUGACCGGAGAUUCGCGAAGUUUUUAGACACAUAUUUUUGUACGUGUCCCGGAACAAUAUCUUUGGAUCUCGGCAGUCACCUGGGACCAAAAGAACACCGAGAACAAGCUGGUAGAAAACCUGGUAGUGGGAGCAGAAAUGUUGCCGGUCAGGAUCACGAACCAGGGCCGCGAGUGGGUGACCAAAAUACGUCUUCUCUGGAGCAGGGUGACGUGGUAGCUUCUGCUGGUGUGGGUGACCAAAAUACGUCUUCUAUGGAGCAGGGUGACGUGGUAGCUCCUGCUGGUGUGGAGGCUUAUCACGAAGAAGCUGCCGAUGUUCUUUCCAGUACCACGACUGGCACGAGGAUUAUGUACCUGGGUCCACGUGAAGCUACCACAUGGCUAAGUAGAGCUGGUCCUUCUACUCGCCAAGUGCACGACACGGCUCUUUUUGGGUCUACGUUCUCAUUCUCGUCUAAUAUAUCUGGCUCUGGACAACGAGGUCGAUAUAGUGUCCCAUCGUCUUGCCCUCCGACGCAUGGGCGUCAACGGGACUGUGAUGAAGCGAAGCCUGGUUCUCUAACUGAGGACUUGACUCUGAGCCACGACACAGUAGGUUCACUAUCGUUUAGCACAAAAUCACUCCCGGCACAAGCUACAUCUUCAACUACGCCUGAGGGUGGACGAGAACCUCUGGCCGCAGAGACAGGCAAGAGGAUAUCGAUGAAAGAACCCAAGACCGGCAACGUCAAAGGAGCCUUCAUGUCGGCUCAAGACCGUUCUUCAUCUUCUACAGGACGAACAGCGUCGUGUGUAGUUCUUCCUCGACAUAUGCCGAAUCCGACUCCUGCUCCUAUUCCUGCCUCAAGCGCAAAGACCACAACUCCUAGCCACGACUUUCUUGUUCUCUCGGAUAUGUAUGGAGGGUUUUCGCGGUUGCGCUUUGCGGAUUUGAAGCUAGGAAAAGCUACGGCUGUGGCAAAUUGGAUGGGCAAGAGUGCUUUUAGAGCCUGGCGCAACCAUCAAGUGGAUCGUUUAACCAACUCUGUCCAUGAAGGCUUCCGCGUUGAGGGUCUAGACUUUCCCCCCGCGGCUCUGUCGCAGGAUUACACAGCUGUAGCGAAUAGCUCAUUGUGGGUAUGGCUUUUUCAGCACUUGUAACUGUAAAUACUAGACAUGGAAGAUGAAGUUGUUAUUGAUUGAUUCUCGAAGUUUUAUGAAGUUGUUCUUCUCUAAAAGUAGAAGCACUAAGCUCAAGAGAUGAUCAUGAUCAAGACGUAGGUGUAGGAUCGAUUGGUGAAAUACUACGAUCAUCAUGCUGUACUUUUCUAAUUUCUGCAAGUCUUCUCGGUAACGCAAAGAAGGUGAACAGAAUGACCCUGCAACGCUUGUCUGGGAUGAAAUUCUGGCGCUUGUUUUUGGAAAUUGAUCACGACCAAGCGGAGAUCGAUAAUGCGAGAAAAUCAACAGAGCGGCAGAACGUAAUCUAUGAAGCUUCAUUAUCAACAUCUGAGCCUAGUAACACACGAAGAGCAGUCAACGGAGACGAUGCCACUAUUCUUAUCGCAGGAGGCACAGCGAGUGCCAGCACACGAGGACACGGAAGUAAACCCGUUUUUUCUUCUGCACCGCCAGCAUUUGGCUCGCAUCAUCUAGAUGACGAUAGCGCGUCGAAGGCAGAGGUUGAAAAUGUGUCGCAAGCAGUAUUCCGACGUAGCUCAUCGGUCCCACUCGUAUGUGAGUACCAGUCGAAUUUGACGCCUGAUCGCCCUGAAGAACAAAGCCUCGGACAUAGGGUGACGCGAGCAGCGAAGCUGCCUGGAGGGGCAUCCACGAACCUACUCUCAAGCCCACAGCCUGCACUUGAAGUCAGUACGACCGCUGAACAUGAACUAGUACGACCGCGGAACGACGAAGCAGAUAGCAUGAUCAAGGAGAGAGUCAUGUCAAUGGACGGACACCCACACGGCUCUGACGCAGUUGUAGACCCACGUCCAGCAGCGCUCUUAUCAUCUCGUCGGAAAGAGCUCUAUUCCCGCUACGUCAUGCUGGCAGUUCUGGUAAAGUUGACGAAACUGAUCGAUGGCUUGUGUCAAAUAGACUAUCCUCAAAUGUGGGUCGGGUCUAGUCUCGGAAUUGGCUUCGAACUAGAGGCAGCAAAAUCUUCGGCUAUAAUGCUUAGACAACCGGGCAGUCGUAAGAUGAGGAGCGACCACAGCAAUGUUGAAGGAGGUGGAGACUCUUGCCUACAGUCGACAGAUGUUGAUCAUGAAGAUUUAGAAAGCAGAACUAGAGAUCCAGUGGUUGUGAAGGUUUUCGAUUGGGGUCGCAGUGAGUGGAAUACAGCUGAGAACCAUGCUUUGUUAAAGCCUGAAGACCGAGGUUUGCGUGUCGAACAUUGGCGAGGCUACCUGCAGAGCAUUGUGCGGUUGCUCUUCCAAGGAGCACGUCUUUUCUUACACCGCUUCGGCUGUCCUGCGUGGCGCAGUGUCGUCGUCGAGCUGUUGGAGUUCCAUUCUAUGCACCACGAAGAUCGUGUCGUGAAAGCUGCAAUUGAAAUACCGCUGUUCCCACUAGGAGUAGAUCCGGCUUAUUACGGAAUAUCUGUACAGCCGGUUGAGGAAGAGGGAGACGAGGAGUGGAAUUACGAUGGGAGCACCCAUUCUAGUAGGUCGAGAACUAGAAGAGGGAUUAGUAGGAGGUCUGUUUCUUCUCGAACAACAACAAGGACCUCGUCGUCCACAAUUACGUCGUAUAGAAGUGAUUCUAAUGAUCAAGAUAAUGCUGUAGAAAUAGAAGAGGAUCCUCGUGAUGAGUUUGGAAAAUCCACUCCGAAGAAUCACAGUAGAAACCUGUCACGCCGUAAGAAGAAGACGAGAACUGCCUCCAGUGGGGGCUCCGGUGGUUCAUCUACUGUGCGCAGGAAGCGAAACAAGAGCAAAAGAAGUAGAAGCACAAGCUUGGAGGUUUUUUUUGCGAAGAAAGGCGGAGGAAGCAGACGAGGAGAACGAGACUCAAUAUCUUCUCGGAGAGAUGUUUUUGAAAACGCUUGCUCCCUCUCACGACCCAAGAAGAUGACACAGUCGAAGACGAGGUCCUCUAGGCCUGCACCCGCAGUAGAACGAGAGUCCUCGAUUUUCGUCUUGACCGACAGCACCUCGGGAACUACUAGCCCAUCCAUUCAGAGUUGUUCUCCAAGAACACGACCUUGCGUCCGGAAGGAACAGCGUCAGGAAAACAUCCAGAGGAAACGGGAGAGACUUUAUCGUGAGGAAAAACGACAGGAGAUUCUUGCAUAUUUCUCAGGGACUCGCUCUGCUCUUCAGACUGGUGUGGAAUAUGUGGUCCCACUGAAAACGGUACCUGGCGUCUUCGUGCCACGGCUAGAGAAAUUGGCUGCGGAAGUUGCGAAGAGCAGACAAAAGCCAAGACAUACACCCCCUGAUGAAACGCAAGAACCUGGCGCGUCGACGUUCUCUGGAGCAGCUUCGACUACUAGAAAGCGAUUGGAUAUUAACGUGCUCUAUCCGACGAAGCACAAGAAAGAUGCUUCUACUACAGACGAACAGAGAUCGGAAGGCGGAGUUCCACGCACAAAGGAUGAUGGGCGACAUCGGAGGAGACAUGGAGACGGUUGUGAAAAAGAAAAUAUUGGCACAACAAGAGGCAAUCAACACGAGAUCUUGCCGAAAGCAAAUAGCGCAAUCGAAAGGUCUUCUUGUGAAGAUACGUCGGCACUAUCGGACGAGGUACCUGGCUUAUCGCGGACCGCUUCUGCUUCUGCUGCAACCACUUCAAUAAAGGAGCCAGCUAGAUCACUACAUCAAGAAACGCCUCUAGUAGAGGAUGAAUUCACAGUAGGAUUCGUGACCUUGGUCUUCCACAUCUUAACGCCACAGCGAAUUUCUGUGGAAAUACGCGGUUUUUCCACCUCGGACCGCCGACUUCUUCGAAGUGGCAACGCGAAUCUCACUGUCCUCGCUUUUGAAGACAGUCGUGAUGCUUUUGCGCAUCUUUACAAUACCUUCUGCGGAGGGUCUGGAAGUGGCGGUGCUGGUGUACCUGUUGCAGUCGCCGCUGAGGCGGACGACGCUAGCACUGCUGCGGCAGCGGCAGUAGCCUCGUCAUCUUCUAGUAGAAAGGAUAGAUCUAUUACCGGGCGAGAAAAAUCAAGCGUACAACGAGUAGCUGCAGGUUCGAGCCAGGUCCGAACCCAAGGUGCAGAGAGGUCGGCUCGUGGUUCAUCUAAGAAAAGCAGGAAGACCGCAUCAACAGUAGCAUCUGUAUCAGCACCAGAUUCAUCUUCUCCGGGAGUAGCCACUACUAGUACGACAGCUAUGGUGUCACUUCGUGGCCGCGUUACUGAGCAGUCAACAGGACUAUUGGUCCCUAGAGAGCAGUGCUCUACUCAGGCAGACAAUGAUCCGAAAACGAGCAAGUCUUCUGAACAAAAAAAAUUGAAAAUUUCCCAUCCAUCCUCGACAUCUAGUGAUAGAAGUGACCCGGCGCAGAGGAGGAAAGGAGCUACUUCGAAGAAGGACGCGCGUAGUAAUAAAGGUGAAAGCCCAUCAUCAGCAACUAGAGCUCCUUUUAGUAGAUCAAGUCCGCACCAUAAGAUAAUGUCUACGGAGCAGGAGAAAGAUGUUGAACCUGACUCGGUGGUCUCAAUAGCUGGCGCUACAUCCGACCACAUAGGUGAAGACACGACUACCGCUGCUGAUGCCGAACAAGUUGAAGCAUUUUCUCUAAAGAACAAGACUCAGAAGAACAUUGAUCCUGGCAGGACCGUAGUGGCCGCAUCAUCUGCAUCUUCAUCCACGACUAAGACAACGACAACUGGUGGCACUUGGUCUUCGCUUCUACGAGGACGUAAUUAUGGCACUCCACAAACUCAAGAAGAUCCUGUAGUAAAGAUGUACGAUUUUCGAUGUAAUCGGGCAGCUCAUUUCGAAUUCCUUGGUAUUGAGAAUGGCGAAAGACAACUCGUCACUGCUUUAAACUUACCUCCAGAGAUACUUGCUCCGUCGUCAACGGGAGUCGCAGCUAGUCGGACGAGCCCGUUGUUGAAGGUACUACUUUUUGAUCUCGUGGUCCGUUCUGUCGCAGCUUGUUCAACACGUACAUUUAGUCUCUUUAGUUGUGAAAUGCUACUGUGUGUUGCUGUUUGCACUACUGUUUUCUAGUAACAUCGUUUCAUCUCUUUUUUCUGGUGAACUUCUAGCUACCAAUCGAAAACUUAAACUCCGAACACCAACAGUAAAAAUCUUCAGGUUUUCCCAUCUCCAGUUGUACCUGAUGGCAGAGAGGAGGUGAAAGUUAACAACGAAUGGUUUGGAAGACAAAUAACAGCUCGAUACUUCAGUCCUGCUUUUCUCUAUGCAGGAAAAGGGGUUCCAACGCAUUGGUUGUAAAAAGGAUUGUGAUUCAUUAACAUCGCGAUGAUGUUGAAAAGGUAAAGGAAAACUCUUCUGCCGGUGACUGAAGACUUAGCUGUAGGUGAAUGAGACUGAAGAUGUUGAUGUUCUUUGUUUUUGAUUUUGAAAUUUUGCAGUUUUGAAAUUUUCCUGAUUCAUAUCCAUAGUUCAGUCUUAUGAAGAAAAGUGAGGCGCAUAUGGAGGUUAUGGUAGCCCAUCUACGCAGCAACUCCGUGUCUCGCACUGAUCCAAGUGAUUGGUGUUUAAUUUGUAUCUCCGAAGUUAUUAUUCGUCAUCCAAAAAGAAAAACAUCAAGAUCUUUAAAUGAAGGAAAAGUUGAAAUCUCAGGU